UCUAAAGAUAAAAUCGGCAAAAUAGGAAAAAUAAACUUGUUUUGUCCAGAUUCAAAAUUUUGAUAAACAUUAUCAAAAGUUUUAAAAAUUCAGUAAACCAUGAAAUGAAUGCAAACAACGUCAUGAAAUUCGAUACAAUCAUGAGUGAUGCCUUUGCACCGUGUACCUACAGAACAUAUAAAUAUGACGGAUGAAUGAUGCGGUCGUUCAGUUUCCAGUAGAAGACAAUGCAGAGUUUGGCUUGUUUGUUUGUACUCUUCGCGGCGGUCGUGGGCCAGGAGAACACUUGCUGCCCCCCUCCCCAGUGGGAAGCCUCCAUCAGAGCCAAAGGAGUCGCCUUCAAUCCACUGUUACAGACCUAUGAGACUACCCAAAAAGUCUACCUCGAUGAGAUCAAUGGAAAAUUCGUCCAUAUCGUAGAUGCGGUCUUUGAACAGACAGGGGGAUAUCAAUAUACAGUCUUCGAGGAUUACAGGAAAGCCAAACGUUAUUUGUUGGUUAACGGCCAAUGUACAAUCUCCGACCUGACCGAAGAAUUUAAUCGGGAAUGGUGCGUAUCCCCCGCAAAUUUUCUCAGAAACGAGACCUUUGGAAUCGGUGACCAAUCGUUUGUUUUACAGUCCUUCAAAGUAGAACGCGAUCUAACAACUUACAACUUGAACGGACACUCAUUGGUCACUCGUCUCUCUGACAACCGCUGCGUCAUACACCAGGAAAUGAUUGACCUAUUCUCGAAAGCGGAUCCGCCCACGCGCAGCAUCCGGGUAUCUUUUGUCGUUCACGACAUGAAGGACACUAUCAGCGACAGCUCCGUUUUCGACAUUCCCAAGGCCUGUCGGGGUGCCCAAGGACAACAAAAUCGAAAGAAAAGGUCGCCAGAAGAUUGUGACGAAGUUUGUGAGGUGGAAAAUGCCGUGGGUGCCAUUGUGUACCCUUAAUUUUCUAUCGUCUUCUUUUGUGCUGUUAAUCGCUAAAGGACAUAGUACAUAGUAUUUUGGACCGUGUCCUUUCUUUUGUAUACAAGCUCUCUAAGAAAGUACAUACGUAUUAUUAUUUUUUUUCUAUUUUUAUUCUAAAGUACGACUCUAAAGAGGGAUGUUACAUUGCAAGAGUCAAUUAUAAGAUUUUUUUUCAAUAUUCCGCCUUUCUGUAUGCUUUUUAUCUUCUUCAUUAGUAGCAUUCCUGCAUUGUAUCAAACUGUGUUUCAUUUUAUUAAAGUUGUUUAUUUACA